AUGCAGCAUGCCAGUGAAGAAGCCGCAACUUGUCCGCAGAACGACGUCUGCACGACGCGACGUCUGAUGCGGCGCGGCUCGGGAUGCUGGGUACACUGGGGACAUCUGGGCGGCUCCCAGGAGAAGAGGAGGAACAAACAGGCGCAAGCCAAAAGAUACCUGGAAGCGUUGAACGAGCAACUGCAACAGGCCCAAGCUCGGAAAGAUGCAGAGGUGGUAGAGAAGCAGCGGGAUCGGCAAGCGAUUCUGGAGGAGGUACAGCGUAGCCACAGGAAUGCCAGUGCGGAGCUCCAAAAGAAACAGCAGAAGAAGCAGCUCCAGAAGGAGGCAGCUCUGGAUUUGCUGGUACCUCUGGGAUGGGCGAAGCGGCGGAGCUGGCCCGAGUCGAAAAGCAGAAAGGCGCCGCAGAGCAGCGAUUGCAGGUGGCCAAAAUGGCGAUGGAUAGGACCCUGGCAGCUGAAGAACAAUAUCGCCAGCAGGAGCUCCUCAAGCAACAGAAACAUCGGGAAGACGAGUCGCUGCUCAUGCGAAGACAGUAUGAGUCCUCUCAAGCUGCGCAGCAAGACUCCAAGCAGAAAGAAAAGGAGGCAGACCAGCGAUUGGCCUCGGAGUGGAAGCGAAUUGCGGCUAAGCCUCCGGAAGCCGAAUUGCCCGGAGGGAUGCUUCACAAGAUCCGGGAGAAUCAGAAACGCGUCGAUACUUUGGUCGACACCAUGGGAGUGGCCCUGGUUCAGAAGCAGAGGGCGCAGGACUGGACCAGACGUGUCCAUGCCACGUUUGACCACGACCGACGCAGCUCAAAACGGGGCCGGCCUCGCGCGGCGUUCAACGGGCACUCGGCCGCGGGGCGGCGCGGGGCGUGCGGCGCCAGCGCCGAAUUUGAUGCCGCGAAGACGCUCGCCCUCGAGGUCAGACUCUCGUCGACGUUCCCCUCCACGGAAGUCACGGAAGGAGAGUCGCAGUAGGUCCCGGAGGGGCCGCGAUGGUCGAGAUGGAAGAGAUGGUCGCGAGAAGGCGGACGAAAAGCUUGGCAAGCCCCUGCCCGAAUGGGGCACCAUAGGCAUCAUCCAGGAGCUGAAGCCUGCGGGGAUCGGCUUCAUUCGGCCUCACUCGGGGAAGGUGGAUGACAAAGACCUCUUCUUCCACAAAUCUGCUCUCAAGAACAGUAGUUUUGAUGCCCUGGCUAUCGGGGAUGAAUGUACCUACGAGGCAGUGCUGGAUGAGACCAAGGGGAAAGCCGCGGCCAAAAACAUCGUCCUGAAGAACGGGAACUCGGGCGGCGGCGGCGGGGGGGUCGGGACGAUUCCCGCGAUCGACGUCGCAGAUGACGAAGAUGACGCUGCCGAGGAGCAACGCGUCGAACGGGAUUGCAGGGCCUACGAAAAGAAACGACUUGAGGAGCUUUUUGCGAGGCAAGACCAGCGAACCCGGCGGACGCGUGAAAUGGCCGAGGGAUUCCGCAAGAAAAUCCAGGAAGGGGGCAACAAGGGCGCCGAUGAAAAGGCUGCAGAUCAAUGGCAGGCGGAGGUUUGGCGUCAGAGCAGAGAGACAGCCGAAGCUGAGGAAGCCAAGAAGCAGAUGCUGAAGCGAGAAGCGCGGAAGGAGCUGGACAAGCAACUCUUCGCAGACAUGAUGAAAACCACAGGCAUGAAAAAGUUGCGACGGCCGGGAAAUUUGGAACAAGACCUGCUGCUCAAUAGGCCUUUGGUGGAACAGAUGGUGAAAUCAGGCUACAAGACCGAACUUACGGUACCCAUGUUGGAAAAGGCCCUGGAUCUGAAAGCCGAACAGGCGCGGAAACGAGUCGAGAGUCGCUGAUCCCCAAGGGACGGCGCACCCGCUGAGCUAGCGAUGGCUGUGAUGGUUUGGAGUCCC